CGGCCAACAUGGCGACGCAGUGCUGAGAUAGCAGCCGCGACUAACUGCCCCCGACUGAACCAGCGACAACGUCAGCCCGCUCCUGGCACCCUCAUACACACACCUGCCGAACCGCAGGGAACGGGCCAGCGAUGACGGCCUGAGGGACUAUUUCCACACGUCGACCGAGAGAUGAAAGAACAGGAACAGCUGGAAAUCCAUCGACGGCAUACGCAGACAGCAAGCCUGAGCACCAAGAGCAUGUUUCUGUCUCGGGCGCUGGAGAAAAUCCUCGCGGAUAAGGAGGUGAAGAGGAGCCAGCACAACCAGCUGCGCAAGGCUUGUCAAGUAGCGCUGGAUGAAAUCAAGCUUGAGCUGGAAAAGCAGAAAGAUGGCACUGUUGUUCCACCCAGAGCCAAUUACGUUGAAGCUGACAAGUAUGUCCUGCCAUUCGAGCUGGCGUGUCAGUCAAAGUCCCCGCGGAUUGUCAGCACCUCUCUCGACUGUUUGCAGAAACUCAUUGCGUAUGGUCACAUCACGGGGAACGCCCCUGACAGUGGAGCUCCAGGAAAAAGGCUGAUUGACCGGCUGGUGGAGACCAUCUGCAACUGCUUUCAGGGACCGCAGACUGAUGAGGGGGUACAGCUACAAAUCAUUAAGGCUCUUCUGACAGCUGUGACAUCGCCACACAUAGAGAUCCACGAGGGAACAAUUCUCCUCACUGUGCGCACCUGCUACAACAUCUACCUGGCCAGCCGCAACCUGAUCAACCAGACCACGGCCAAGGCCACUCUCACACAGAUGCUUAAUGUCAUCUUCACCCGUAUGGAGAACCAGGCGGCUCUGGAAGCUCAGGAAGCGGAGAAAGACAGACAACGUCUGCAGCUGUGCAAUCCCUCACCAGUAUCCAGUAACCCUUCACCUGUGACCCAAAACCCUUCCCCAACUCCAGGUCGAGGUUCUGGAUCACCAUGGAUCGGACGAGCCCGCUCAGAACAGAACGGUUCCCCAUCCCCGUCUCUCAGUCCUCAAGGGGUCCCCUCCACUCCCUCCACCCCGCAAGGCUUAUCCUCAAUCAACAGCCAGUCAGAGGAGGAGUGUGCCAUGAAUAAACAGAGCACAAAGGAAAUUCCAGACCCAGACUCAGAGACUCAGGAGUUAGACCAACCAGCUGUCGAGCCAUCAGUGUCAGGAGGUGUUCCAGAAGAGGAGGGCCUUCAGCCCUUGAGCUCUGAAACCGAAGCAGCCAAUGAGGUUCUGGGUGAAACUGAGCCAGACAGUGGCCUGGGAGAUAGCUCUGUUGAAGGAGGUUUAGAUCAGCAUUCAGACUCAGAAACAAAAGUGCCGGCCCCUGUUGUCCAGCUAGAUACACAGCAGAUGAACGGAAUGGUGGAUGAUCGUGGUUCUGAGUCCUCCACAGAUAUUCUGGAUGCAGAAAGCAUGCAGGGUGGUCAGACAGCUACCCGCUUCUCCCACAUCCUACAGAAAGACGCCUUUCUCGCGUUCCGCUCCCUCUGCAAGCUCUCCAUGAAGCCCCUGGCUGAUGGACCACCAGACCCAAAGUCACACGAGUUGCGUUCUAAGGUGGUUUCUCUGCAGCUGUUGCUGUCUGUGCUCCAGGGUGCUGGACCUGUGUUCAGAACCCAUGAGAUGUUUGUGAACGCUAUCAAACAAUACCUGUGUGUGGCACUCUCUAAAAAUGGAGUCUCUUCUGUGCCUGAAGUAUUCGAACUGUCUCUCGCCAUCUUCUUGACCCUCCUUUCCUACUUCAAAGUGCACCUCAAGAUGCAGAUUGAGGUGUUCUUCAGGGAGAUCUUUCUUACCAUCCUUGAGACGUCAUCCAGCUCCUUUGAGCACAAGUGGAUGGUCAUCCAGACUCUGACUCGCAUUUGUGCAGAUGCUCAGUGUGUGGUGGACAUUUAUGUAAACUAUGACUGUGAUCUCAAUGCUGCCAACAUUUUUGAGCGGCUAGUAAAUGAUCUGUCUAAAAUCGCCCAGGGAAGGAGUGGACAGGAGCUCGGCAUGACGCCUUUACAGGAGUUGUGUUUGAGAAAGAAAGGGCUGGAUUGUCUUGUGUCUAUUCUGAAGUGCAUGGUAGAAUGGAGCAAAGACUUGUACGUCAACCCAAACCUGCAGGCCAACCUCGGUCAGGAGCGUCCAGCAGAGGGCGACAUUGCAGAUGGGAGGCUCCCUGAGCAUCUGUCCUCACGCAGAGACAGUGUGAGCUCUCUGGACUCCACCGUGUCAUCUGGUGUUCAGCAGAAUCAGCCAGAUCACCCUGAACAGUAUGAGGUCAUCAAGCAUCAGAAAGAGAUUAUUGAGCAUGGGAUCGACCUGUUUAACAAGAAACCAAAACGGGGAUUGCAAUACCUGCAGGACAAAGGCAUGCUGGGAACCACACCAGAGGACAUCGCCCAGUUACUGCACCAGGAGGAGAGACUGGACACAACUCAGGUCGGCGAGUUUCUCGGAGAGAAUGUGAAGUUUAAUAAGGAAGUGAUGUACUGCUAUGUGGACCAGUUGGACUUUUGUGGCAAAGACUUUGUAUCAGCACUCCGUGCAUUCCUAGAAGGCUUCAGGUUACCGGGUGAAGCCCAGAAAAUUGAUAGGCUAAUGGAGAAGUUCGCUGCACGCUACCUGGAGUGCAAUCAAGGGCAAACCCUGUUUGCCAGCGCAGACACUGCUUACGUCCUGGCCUACUCUAUCAUCAUGUUAACCACCGACCUGCAUAGCCCACAGGUGAAGAACAAGAUGACAAAGGAGCAGUACAUAAAAAUGAAUCGGGGCAUUAAUGACAGUAAAGACCUGCCUGAGGAUUAUCUCUCCUCCAUUUAUGAUGAGAUUGCUGGCAAAAAGAUUGCCUUGAAGGAGAGCAAAGAACACUCCAUCACUCCCAAGUCCAGCAAACAGAAUGUAGCCAGUGAAAAGCAGAGGAGGCUGCUGUAUAACAUGGAGAUGGAACAGAUGGCCAAGACAGCUAAAGCUUUGAUGGAGGCUGUAAGCCACGCUCAGGCCCCCUUCUUCAGUGCCACUCACCUGGAACACGUCCGUCCCAUGUUCAAGCUGGCCUGGACACCCCUGUUGGCAGCAUUCAGCGUGGGACUCCAGGACUGUGAUGAUCAGGAAGUGGCAUCUCUCUGUCUGGAGGGCAUCCGCUGUGCUAUCAGGAUCGCCUGUAUCUUCAACAUGCAGUUGGAGAGGGAUGCCUACAUCCAGGCCUUGGCCAGGUUUACGCUGCUUACCGCCAGCUCCAGUAUCACAGAGAUGAAGCAAAAGAACAUUGAUACCAUAAAGACUCUUAUCAUGGUCGCGCACACCGAUGGAAACUAUUUGGGCAACUCCUGGCAUGAGAUUCUGAGGUGUAUCAGUCAGCUGGAGCUGGCCCAGUUGAUUGGGACAGGGGUGAAGACGCGUUAUGUCUCCGGUGUGGUCCGAGACCAGGGAGGCAGCAUAAAGGGCUUCCCAUCAGGGGGAGAGGAAUUCAUGCCCCUUGGCUUAGGUACUUUGGUCGGAGGUCCAGACAAGCGUCAGAUGGCUCAUAUCCAGGAGUCAGUAGGAGAGACCAGCUCUCAGAGUGUAGUGGUGGCAGUGGACAGGAUCUUCACUGGAUCCACCAGACUUGAUGGAAAUGCAAUUGUGGACUUUGUGCACUGGUUGUGUGCUGUAUCUAUGGACGAACUGGCCUCUGCGCACCAACCGCGCAUGUUCAGUCUGCAGAAGAUUGUGGAGAUCUCCUACUACAACAUGAACCGCAUCCGCUUGCAGUGGUCGCGGAUCUGGCAGGUCAUCGGAGAUCACUUCAACAAGGUGGGUUGUAACCCUAAUGAGGAUGUGGCCAUCUUUGCUGUUGACUCCCUGAGACAACUUUCUAUGAAGUUCUUAGAGAAAGGAGAACUGGCCAACUUCCGCUUCCAGAAGGACUUUUUAAGGCCAUUUGAACACAUCGUGAAGAAGAACAGGUCACCCACUAUACGAGAUAUGGUGAUACGUUGUGUGGCCCAGAUGGUGAACUCCCAGGCUGCAAAUAUUCGCUCUGGAUGGAAGAACAUCUUCUCUGUGUUCCACCAAGCAGCAUCAGACCAUGAUGAGAACAUUGUGGACCUUGCCUUUCAGACCACUGGACACAUUGUUAUGAACACAUUUCAGCAGCACUUCGCUGCAGCCAUUGACUCUUUCCAGGAUGCAGUGAAGUGUCUGUCAGAGUUUGUUUGUAAUGCUGCAUUCCCUGACACAAGUAUGGAAGCCAUCCGGCUAAUCCGCUACUGCGCUAAAUACGUGUCUGAACGGCCACAGGCACUGAGAGAGUACACUAGUGAUGACAUGAACGUCGCCCCUGGCGAUCGUGUUUGGGUGCGAGGCUGGUUCCCCAUCCUGUUUGAACUCUCCUGCAUAAUCAACCGCUGCAAACUAGAUAUCAGGACCAGGGGGCUGACCGUCAUGUUUGAGAUCAUGAAGUGUUAUGGACACACAUUUGAAAAGCACUGGUGGCACGAUCUCUUCCGGAUCAUCUUCCGAAUCUUUGACAACAUGAAGCUCCCAGAGCAGCAAACUGAAAAAACAGAGUGGAUGACGACUACGUGUAACCACGCCCUCUACGCUAUCUGUGACGUGUUCACACAAUUCUAUGAACCUCUCAGUGAAGUACUGCUGGCAGAUAUUUUUGCACAGCUGCAGUGGUGUGUGAAACAAGAUAAUGAGCAGCUGGCGCGGUCAGGCACAAACUGCCUGGAGAACCUGGUGAUCCUGAACGGUGAGAAGUUCAGUGGGGAGGUGUGGGAAGUCACCUGCGCCUGCAUGCUGGACAUCUUCCAGACCACCAGCCCUCAUGCCUUGCUAACAUGGCGACCAGCUGGGCAAGAAGAGGAGGUGGGAGAAGGGAAACACAUGGAUGUUGAGGUGGAUUCUCUGUCCCAAAGCAGUUUUGAGAGGACUCUGUCAGAGAGAGGCCACAGUCAGAUGUCCACAACUAGUGAUGAAACCUGGAAAGGAAAGUCCCAUGCCAGGGUCUCAGACCACAGGCUGUUUGCAGGGCUGCUUAUAAAGUGUGUAGUACAGCUGGAGUUGAUUCAGACCAUAGACAACAUUGUAUUCUAUCCGGCUACCAGCAAGAGGGAGGAUGCCGAGAACAUGGCUGCUGCUCAGAGAGAUGCACUUGAGGAGGCAGAAGAGGAGGAAACGGAGCCCGAUCAGGGCAUGUACAGACACCUGUCAUCACAGCACCUCUUCAAAUUGCUUGACUGCCUCCUUGAGUCCCACAGGUUUGCCAAGGACUUCAACUCCAACAAUGAGCAGAGGACAGCACUCUGGAGAGCAGGCUUUAAGGGAAAGUCAAAACCAAAUCUUCUGAAGCAGGAGACCAGUAGUCUGGCCUGCAGUCUGAGGAUCCUCUUUCGCAUGUACUCUGACACGCAGCUGCAGGACUCAUGGCCAGACAUCCAGACACGCCUGCUGCAAGUGUGUAGUGAAGCGCUGGCUUACUUCAUCAGUCUAACCUCAGAGAGCCACAGAGAAGCCUGGACGAGUCUCCUGCUGCUACUCCUCACCCGCACACUCAGACUGCAUGAUGACAAAUUCAAGCCUCAUGCCUCCUGCUAUUACCACCAUCUGUGCGAGAUGAUGCAGUUUGACCUCAUUCCAGAGCUCCGUGCAACUUUGCGACGAUUUUUCCUCCGCAUCGGUUCUGUCUUCCAUAUCGCCUCUCCUGAAUUGGGCCAAGUGCAGCCUUCAUCGUCCUAAACAAGAACUGGGAUCACAGCUCUGAAAUGAAAAGGGAAGCAAAGGGGGGCUGAAAAGUGGACAGAUGGAUGAUCAGAGCAUAUAAGCACCUCUCUUGUACAGGAAAGCUUUGACUGAUAUAGGAACUAAUUACUCUGGGCUGUGUGUGACUGUCCUAUACUUUCCUAGCAAAGGACUCUGCCAGUCCUGACUCAUCGGGCGUCAGCCACUCCCUCAUGAAAGUACAGCACUGUGACCCAUCAGGGCUCCUCUGCGGUGACACCUCUACUGUGUCAUCCGUCUGUGUUAUUAAAGUCGAGUCAUUUUUGUUUAUUUUUAUUUUUCCUUUACUUUGUACUGCUGCAACAAGAAUAAUUUAUUACCAGUACUGCUUGUAUAGCUGGUUUCUGAUUGUCUAUUGAUUUCAUUAUGUUGGCUUUUGUCUUAUCUGUUGAAUUCUGUCUGUUUUAAAGGCUGAACAAAUAUAGACAUCUCAAAAAAUACAGAAAUGAAAUCAACACUUAUUGUUAUGAGCGUGUAGAAGACUGCUAAUGUGCAAUGAGCCUUUGUCCAUGAACAAUGGUAUAUUUGUUAACGACUGGUGCAUUAUCAUCAGAAAUGUGCAUUAUCAUUGUCCUUUACUGAAUCAUCAUGAAAUUAGACAUUCAUCUCCAAUUGAAAAGGGGUAGUCUCUUAAACCCAUUAUUAGGCUAGCCCUAGAGGGGUUUUGUUUGUCUUCAUUAAACUCUUUUAGUUUGGCAUAAAGGACCUUAAUUUGGGUUUAGUUUAUUCACACUGAAACUUAAAUUGUUCUAAGAAUGUAACAGUUGCUUUCAAAAACAUUUGGUGUUUAUUUUACAGGCGUCAGUACUCACACUUGUUAAUCCCAACCAAGUCAACGCUAUCAUUUGUUGAAUGCCACACAUCAUGCUUAUUUAGUUUUCAGCAUUAUAAAGUUCAUUGUGGUUUUCUUUUGAGGGGUUUGAUCAUUCUGCAUUCCAAUGUUUUUUAUUUAUCAUUUAAAUCUUAAAACAUUUAAUGAAUAUUUAAUUUUAGUGCACUAAAUUUUGCUUAAUGGAUUAUUUUAAGUUAUUUUUUCGUUUUUGCGUACAUUAUGUUUGCUCUUCUGAAUCUGACUGAAUCUGCAGGUUUACGUCACGGAUGCCAUUCACUGGUGUUACUUUCAAAAGAAAGUGGGAGUAAUACAGGAAUACAAACAUACUGUAUAAUCCAGGUGUAUCUUCAUUGAACCCCAGCAGCAUAUGGUUUACUAGUGUCAUCAGUGUAGAUUAAACUCCCGCUUUAUUUUUGUGAGAAUGUAUUUCAUUCUUGAAGUGCAUUUAAAUAUUUGCUGAAAGCAUUCCUUCCCUUGAAGCUAUGGAUGUCUACUUUGCCUUCCUUGAGACUGGGAAAUAUAAAUAUAUACAGUAUAUGAAGAAAUACAAUGUGUAAAAUUUCCAUGUAAAAUAUACAGAAUAAUGUUCAACUCUAUACAUAUUGUGAUGUAAUCUUCCAAACAUUUGGUGAAGUAAUCAAUAAAGUUUGAACUGAACAGA